CAUUGGUGUCGCUACUGUUGCAAUGAUAACAUAAUUUGUUUACAUUUUAUUUUAUAAACAAAAUGAAUUCAUUUACAAUCUUCAAGCCGUUAAUCACAUAAAAGGCGAAGAAAAUGGACAAAGAGUCUCGGUACAUCUUCGAUUUGAACCUCGACAGCCUAGACUUAGUAGGCGAUGACAUCCAAAAACUCAGCGUUAUCCAAAAUCUCCCCCAACUUCUGCAAACCGAUCCGAACCAGACGUACUCGCGAAUAAUUCCGAAGAUACUGCAGGAGCUACCGAACGCUUCGUGCGAGUUUCACGUUCUCGUCAGCAAGGCGUUUAAGAUUCUGAUGGAGAAGCAGGCGCCGCCGAAUCUGUUCCAUACGGUACUGCAGGGCAUCGACGUGCGCGACUCGAUCGCCGCAAGCGCCUGGAUGGACACCCUGAUUGCGAUUAUACCGGUUUUGAGCGAGACGCAAAUCAAACAAGAAAUCAUCCGAUUGGUGAAUCACAAGUCUUUACUCUCGCAGCCGGUGCUGUCACGGAUCGCCAGUUGUAAGCUUCUCGGAAAGAUUGCCGUUCACAAAGAUUUGGACUCCACAGACGUAAAACGGGACGUACUACCUUUAGCCCAAAGUCUAUGCCAAGAUUGUCAUCCGGAGGUCCGUACCGUUAUGUGCUCGCAAUUGGCGCACGUCGCGCAGGGUCUGGGGACCAGCCUGGUGAAGGGUACGCUGCUCGCGAGUCUCGUCGAGUUGGGCUCCGACGAAAAUAUGUACGUGCGCGCCGCCUCCGUGUCGUCGAUUGUGCAGAUAUUUCCGUACAGUAGUUUGGAUGUGAAAAAGGCGACACUUUUACCUUUACUAAAGCAGCUCUGCGAGAGAUCGCUUAAACAGGACGAACUGACGCCGGCGACGCUAUCGAAGGAAAUUGGGCGAAUAUUUGAGGGUUUACAGCACGCGUUUACCGCGACGGAAGCCUUGUGGUUUUUGAACUUCUACAAGAAGCUCGCCACGAAAGGUUUGGUUUCGGAAGGCGGCGAGUUGACGGGUGCCGAUCCGAAUAUGGAGGUGACCUGUCGACAACAUGCGGCCGUUAAUUUGCCAAUGGUCUCUUCGUUUACCUUCGCAGUAUUACCUACACAGACCGACACGCUGUACACUAUUUUUACGGGGUUAGCUGCUGAUCCGUGCUAUAUCGUGAGGAGAACUGUUGCUGGAUGCUUGAGUGCUGUUAUUAAUAUUUUUGGUGUAAAUAGCAAAAUCCUGAAGAAAGAUUUCGUACGAUUAUUACAAGACGACUCCGAAGAAGUGCUUUCGUCGCUAGUACAGCAAUUGGGCGUAACGUUAGAGCUGUUCGCCCAGUACGGUACACUAUCGCGACAGACCGCCAGUCCCGACACCGUGGAUAUCGGACGCGCUAUGCUCAAGUGCCAGUUCGAAUUAACAAGUGGGAACAAUUGGCGUCUAUUAAUGCACCUUCUACACCAGUUAGAGUAUCUGCCAAAUUGCAUGCCGCCCGAUUUCAUUCACCAGCACUUUACACCGUUUGUUUUGAAUUGCGCAGUACAAGGAAGGGCGCGACCGGUCAGAGCGCAGGCGGUACGCACCUUGCUGAUAUUUUUGCGUUACAACGGAAAAGAAAUGCAAAGAAGGUGGCUGCGAGAUAACCUCGUCCAGCAGCUGUGCCGUUCCGAUUCGUACUACACGAGACUAAUUUAUAUAAGGUUGUGCAAAAGUGCGAUCGAAAUUUUCAGCGACAAGUACUUUAAGGAUUACUUUUUCGAUCACCUUCUCGACUUGGCUGGUGACCCGGUUCCUAACAUCCGUCUCUGCGUCGCCAAUCUAUUCGCGUUCUUAAAGCAAAUGCUGGUACUACCCGAAGAUAAACUGUUAAACGAAAGAUUGAACGACGCGAUGAGGAAGUACGCCAACGACGAGGAAGACCGCGACGUGAUUCAGGUGUUUCAAUCGAAAAUGAAGGAGAUGAAAAACGUGAGUACGGACGCGAAGGACGAGUACAAGAAGGAGCAGAAACGGAGGCGGGAGGAGGAGGACAAGAUCAAUUCGGGCUCUAAGCCGAUGGUCAUUGUCGCCGAUAUUCGGACUCUCUCGCCAUCUUCGGCGAAUCUACACGGCGACCGUUCGCGAAAGGCGGCGACCGGCGUCUCGUCGAAAACGUCCGUGCAGGGAUCGCCAAGUGACAUGACCAUAUUAGAGCAACACUUCUAUAUUGACGCAGGAAUUAGUUUAAGUACCAAAACUGACAGUGAACAGCCUCGACCAAAAGUUUACCAAAUUAAACAGGAGACCUGGACUAACAACGUUACCGACGACGAUAAAGUUAACAUGAGAAAGCUUCCGAAUAAGGAGAACAGGGUUAAUAAACGACACUCCAGUAUUAUAUCCGAGACAUGUUUCAAAAAACAAGAGAAAGCAAACAAUCGACGUAGCUUAAAUUUACCAUCUAAGACAGUUAGUCGAAUACCGAUUAGUCAAACAAAACUGAACAGGGCAACUACUGACAACACUUCCAAAACUACAGCAUCUGUACCCAUCACAGUUAGAACGUCACAGCUACCAGUAUUGAAAAGACACGUCUCUCCCGAGACCAAGAAGUGAGUCUACGCAUAUUAUAUAUUUAUUUAUUUAUAUAUUUUAUUUAUUUUUGUAAAUAAAUUGAUUUAUAAAUCCAA